CUUUGAGUCUUUCUCUGUUUCAACAUUGGUUACGUGCACGCAGCAACAGACUAAAAUAGUAUAUCACCAAGAAUCUGUUAAAGUGAGAAUUGCUACAGAUGGGUGAUGGUUUUAUUCUCAAAUCAAGCGGGACUUCAGAGCCAUCAUGGACGUUCAGGACGAGGCUGCGAUCCAUUUCUAUGACAGAGCCUGCUCAGGCAAGGGCAUUCAAUAGUGCAAUGGAGAGUGACUCCAGGAGAACCAAUCAGGUUCCAGAGGACCACAGGGAUGCGGACGAAAGCUCAGAGAAAACCCCCAGCAAGGCUUCCAAAUCCCCCCAGAAGAGCAACAAGAGGCCGAAGACCAUCCCUGUCAAAGUCACUCUGCUUGAUGGCUCUGACUACGAGGCCGCAGUGGAGAAAUUUGCCAAGGGCCAAACUCUGCUGGAUAUGGUGUGUGGCCAUCUGAACCUGCUGGAGAGGGACUAUUUUGGCCUGACUUUCCAGGACCCCGACAGCACCAAGAAUUGGCUGGAUCCUUCCAAGGAGAUUAAGAAGCAAAUUCGGGUUGGGUCCUGGAUUUUGGGAUUCUCUGUUAAGUUCUACCCUCCUGAUCCAUCUGUGCUAAUUGAAGACAUCACCAGGUACUACCUGUGCCUGCAGUUGAGGGAUGACAUCCUAUCCGGCCGACUGCCCUGUUCUUUUGUUACCCAUGCCCUUUUGGGCUCCUACACCGUUCAGGCUGAACUGGGAGACUAUGAGCCAGAGGAUCAUGGGCCAGAUUACAUCGCCGACUUCCGCUUUGCCCCUAACCAGACCCGAGAGCUGGAGGAGAGGGUGAUGGAGCUGCAUCGUAAUUAUAGGGGAAUGAGUCCAGCAGAAGCAGAAGUGAACUUUCUGGAAAAUGCCAAGAAGCUGUCAAUGUAUGGGGUGGACCUACAUCAUGCAAAGGAUUCCGAGGGGAUUGACAUAAUGCUUGGCGUGAGCGCCAAUGGUCUGCUGAUUUAUCGAGACCGCCUAAGAAUCAACCGUUUCGCCUGGCCGAAGAUCCUCAAGAUCUCUUAUAAGCGGAGCAACUUCUACAUCAAGAUCCGCCCUGGAGAGUAUGAACAGUUUGAGAGCACCAUUGGCUUCAAGUUGCCCAACCAUCGGGCCUCGAAGCGUCUGUGGAAGGUUUGCAUCGAGCACCACACCUUCUUCAGGUUGGUUUCUCCAGAGCCACCUCCAAAGGGCUUCCUGGUGAUUGGCUCCAAGUUCCGCUACAGUGGAAGAACUCAAGCCCAAACCAGACAGGCCAGUGCUCUGAUUGACAGGCCUGCACCUCAGUUUGAUCGCUCGGUUAGCAAGAGAUACCUGCUGUCCCGAAGUAUUGAUGGGGCUUCAGCUUUAGGUACCAGUAUGGAUCAGUUGUCUCAGCGAAGCUUGAGUGAGCGCACACAGUUCAUGUCCAGAGAAGAUCUUGAUCAAGAAGGAAGCUUGGACCUAGACCAUUAUGACUAUCCAGACCAGGACCAAGACCAGGAUCAUGACACUGACCAGGACUUGGACCUGCACCAAGGCCCUCGGCACAUUUGUGGUGACGGCAUCUCAACAUCUGCCAAGACUUUGGAGUUCAAGGCUGAGGAGGCAGCCUCACCUGUAGACUCAAAAGCAGAGUCGGACAAGGAUCUGGCCACAGCUCGACCCAAACAGGAGCAGUUUUUGGACAAACCUGAAGAUGUUCUGCAGAAGCACCAAGCCAGCAUUAACGAGCUGAAGAGGGCUUUGAGACAACCCAACAGCAAGGUCACUCAGAGGGAGAAACGGGUCUGCUCAUCAACUCCUCCUGGAGGAACCCCAGAGCGGAAACCAGAGACCCCUCUGACACCGGCCAUUCACGAGGAACCGCUCAGUGAUUCCUCGCGGGAGCCUUGGGAGAGACGGCCAGGUUCGGCUUCGGAGGACGAUCAGGAUCACGACAUCCCGUAUCUAAAGGAAAGCCACCUGGGCAUUGAGCGCAAAAGUUCCAGCAUCACAGUCAGCUCCACGUCCAGCCUGGAGGCCGAGGUUGACUUCACCGUGCUCACAGACCUGUACACGGGCAUGGAGGAGUUCUCCCGGGGGAUGUCGGAGCUUGGCGAGCGAGACCUGUCGCCUGAUGGGGGUCUUCGCUUUGGAAUUGACUUCCUUCUGCAGCAAGGACCCUCGGAACUGCCACCACCUCCUUUGGUGGCUCCUUCGUCCAAAGGAGCGAGCAGCAGUCCUCCAGCCAAGCACAUCCAGGCUGAAGACGUGCGGACGGAGGCUAAAAGGCCUGACGUGCAGCCCAUAGUGCCUAAAAAGCCAAAGAGGUCGGUGCCGGUGUCAUCUUCGGUGGACAGGGACACAACGCACAGUCGAGCCAAUAGUGCCACACCUGUGAACCGGAAAGCCACUGAUGUCAUGGCUUCAGCUCCAGUCAAGAAGACUGACGUCCUGAUGGAGACACAGCCCAAUGGGUCAGAGGUCACGACGACUAUAGUGGAGUUCAUUGAUCAGGAUCAGUGUAUCACAAGCCUGAGCGACAUGUCUUACUCUACGAGACAGAGUGUCUCCCCUGUGCAUAUGGGCAGUCUUGGAAGAGAGGAGUCGGGGUCGCCCAUCUUUGUCACUGAAAAUGUUACCUCUGCAACCACGCAGGUCACCAAGACGGUGAAAGGUGGCUACUCAGAGACCAGAAUCGAGAAGAGGAUCAUCAUCACAGGAGAUGAUGACGUGGAUCAGGAACAGGCUCUGGCCAUCGCAAUCCAAGAAGCCAGGCAGCAGCAUCCAGACAUGCAGGUGACCAAGGCAGUCGUUGUCAGGGAAACAGAAUCAACCGCUGAGGAGCGACACACAUCGGGGUCGUGAUUUCCUGAGACGGGAGCGGCCAAGACGUGAUUCUUCAUCCCAACUGGUACUCACCACAAUGGAAACAGAGCUCUCUCUUAAACCUAAUGUCUCAUAUUUUGUUUCUUUCCCUGAUUGAAACCAUUCGUAUGAUGCGAACGCUUAAGAAGGGGAUGCUGCGAACAAAGAAUAAUGGACAACUUUCCCCCAAACACUUCCCUUUAGUGUCAUAUUGAAAAAGGAAGAGGUGCGGUUUUUAAUCCAAAAGUGCCAGUGGUAGUGUCAUGUUGCAAAAACAAAAAAAAAAGAGGAGAUGGUCAUGGCCUCCUCCUGUGGAUGCUUCCUAAUAAGUUAUUCAUAAAAUAACCUUUAUUACUACUGAAGUGGAUGAACCUGUCCCUCUCACGUUGCACCGCAUCUGAGAAUAGACGUCAACAGAAAAGAACAACACCGCCCUCUGGCGGUGUGUUCAGGGCACACAAGUCCGAGCUGUAGUAGAUUAGUCUGUCAGGAUAAGUCCCAUCUUAGUGUGUCGUGUUUUGGGUUUGCAGUAAAUGUAUGUGUGUGAAUUCGCAAGGUGAUGGAUUGUACAUUUGAACCCUUUCUGCCUUUUUCUGAGCUGCUAAUACACUUCCUGUGCCAAAUGGUCACAAAAUAGUGCAGCAUGUACAUAAAUGUGUUUGAAAUGGGCCCUUUCCUCCUUUGCCAGCGUAAAGAAUCCAACCGCAUAUUUGUGUAGUAAGUAGAAUAGGCUCACUGGGCUACUGUAACAGUACGAUUUGUAAUGUCAAUCAUGUUUGCAUGACAGUCCCUUGCAUUAAUGUGUAAAGAUGGAAUUCAACGCAAUGGGAAUGACAAUUCAUGGAUUGGAAUAAUUAAAAAGCAAAGCAAGAAACAACAAAGCGCACGUCAAUCAUAAUUGCAAUCCAGAUCCAAAGUCUAUGAGAGCAGAUUAAGCUUCCUCACAGCAAAUGAAGAGGCCUCACCAAGAUAAAAGUAGGAAAUAUGACUUAGCCAGUGUAUGUAAUGUAGUUAAUCCCCAAAUCUGUUGAUUGUAGAGGUAACAUGCACUUCCCAGCACUAUGACUGAACCCGGCCUAUAUGUCUUUACAAGAUGUCUGCCUAAAAAAACACACAUUUACUUUUUAUUUCAUUGUCAUAGCGGCUUAACCGUGAUGUACAAUGUACCACCAGUCACGUGUGCUAUUCUUUUAAUGUUAACACUGCAGUUGACUGAUUUUAGUUUGUAUCAACUAGAGAUGUUAAGUACUGAAGUGCCCGAGUGUCCAAAACUUGAAAAUGUGUCAUGAUGAACUGUCGAAAAAUGCCAAGUUGAUGGAGAAAUGGGAGGUAUUAAAUAUUUACAUGUGUAGUGUAGCUUUUUAUGUGGAGCAUAGAAGGCGGGACAAAGCCAUGCACACCUUGUCGAUACUGUAGGUUUGGUGCGAGCCAGGGGUGGGCAAAUGUUUUGACUCGCCGGCCGCAUUGUUGUAACAAAAUUUAUGUGUUGCCAGACCAUAUAUUUUACAUGUAAAAUAUCCAUCCACCUGGAAGUAUUGUAUCUGUAAAAGUGUGUGUGUUGUGUCCCUUUUUUUCAGGAGCACUUUGCAAGCACCACAUCAAAUAACCUAAUUGAUAAAACAGCCACUUACACCAUCAAAAGGUUGGCUCAAGCCAUGAUGCCAGGUUGGAUGUUAAGUUUAAAUGAAAUACUUUGGAAAGAACGGGCGGGCCGUAUCCAAACACUUGGCCGUCCGGAUGUGGCCCCCCUGCCGUAGUUUGCCCACCCCUGGUGUAAGCUGUAAGCGAGUUAAAAGGGACCCAUUAUGCUCAUUUUCUGCCCUUUGUAUUAAUUUGUGGACUCUUCUAGAGCAGCUACACACAAUAACCAGUGCAGAGCGCUUUCUAGAAGUUCCAGAACGUGCACCUAUUCGGUGCUCCCUGUGAAAACUUUUGAUUUAUUGACUCAAAUUGAUUGAUGGACACUAGGGGGCGUGAGUAGCCGAACAGGAAGAGAGAUUUGCAUCACCACACAGCAGUCACUCGUUUUACUUUUAACAUGGGACAGAUUCAAGUGAGAUCAUCGUUCGAUCUUCCUGUUUGCCAUUCCUGGCCAAGGCUGACACGCCACCAGGAGCUGGGAACUAUUAGACCUGACUUUGGGUCCAGUUGAACCUUACAACUUGAUCCUUAAACAAGGUCCUAAGUCUCUUUCCUGGAUUGCUUCUUUCUGUCGCUUUGUGCUGUGUCAUUGCUGUACAUUGUCCUUGCAUUCCUUUGAAAUGAAUCCAAUAGAAAUAAAAACAGCAGGUGACAUGUGUUUGUCUUGCUACAGCUGGUGUGAGUAGUCACUCGGGCAAGAAGAAGUGUUUACUGCCUGGAGAAAAUAGUCAAAAAUUGCCUGGGACAAGUUAACAUAAAAACAAACUGCAAUAGCAAAAAACAAUCUAGAUGCCAACUUUUUUGCUGUUAAUGCUACAAAUGUGGCCAAGAACUUCCAAAAUACACUAAUAUUGAGAAAUUGUUCAAGACGGGGGUUUAGUCAAG